UGAUUUAUAAAUGUCUGAAUUUCCACACCUUUGAAAUGUUUAUGAAAACUUAAAAGGAAGAGUUCAGCAAAAAAGCUAACAUUUUCUGAAAAUGUACUCGCCCUCAAGUCUUCCAAAAUGUAUUGUUGAUCAUAAGAGAUUUGAAGGGACUUUGCAUUCCAUUACUUGUUUACCAAUGGAUCCUCUUAUUUAAAGUAUUACAUUAUGGAUAUUGCAGUUUAUUGCUGUGGCCACAUCUGCUUUUCUUAUGCCUCCUGCGGCAGGAUUACGACAUGUUCACGCAAGUGAUCAGAAACCUUUGGCAUCUUUCUCCUGUUUGUCAGUCAGUAGAAAGGUCUCUUUACUGUCCUAAGUUAUUGUAACUGACCAUAAAUAUCUUAAGAAGGGUUUCUUCUUAGGUGCAUGUGCAAGUAUUAUAUAUGUAUAUUGUUUAAAGGGGUCAUAUGAUAUGCAAAAAAAUCUUAAAACCUUUAAAAUCUUCCUGGUCUACUGACAUGCAUGACAUCUGCUUUAUAAUUUGAUGUGCUCCUUCGGGUGAUGAUGCUGUGUCCUGACUAUUGCUUGUUUGAGUUGAAAAUAGUUUGUAUCUGAGGAGCCUUGCUGGUUUAUUUGUCCCCUUUGUCUGUUUUAUGUCACUGAUUUUGGAUUGCCCUUUGUUUGCUUGGGCUGCUCGCAGUUUUGGUCUUCCCUAUUUUUUAAGAAUGAAAACUAUGGUAUUUAGCUGUGAAAAGGGUGUGCUUUGGGUGUGCACUUAAACGGACACAUUGCUACACUGCACAAAUAAAAACAAUCGGUUAUAUUACAUAAAUAUUAUGUAAUCAUGUCAUCUUUGUCAUGGGGAUUCUCUCUUUAGUGAAACAGAAGAUAUUUGUCCUAAGCGAUAGUGUUCAAAGGGGGUGAGACGUCAUCUGACUAGUCAAGGUGUCACCAGAUAGCCAUCAGAUAAGUAUACUGUAUUUUCUUUCCUUUUAAUAGGGUAAGACAGAGGGUUAAAAACUAGACUGUUCUGUUUAUUUUGGCCUGGUUAGCUCCCAUAUUCAAAUUACAACAAACUCACUGGCAAUUUGUUGUAUAUGAAAUUAAUUUCAUGUUGCACCCUUUUCCCUAGACGGGGAGUCACGAUCUUUUGUGACAAGUCUCACAUGCUGUUUCUUGUUCCUUACAAACAUGCAGCUUUCCUCUUCACAAAAUGUUAACUGAUGGCCUGGAGUCUUGUGUUACCUGUGGAUUAUUGUGAUGCUUUUAUCAGCUGUUUGGAAUCUCAUUUUGAUUGCAUCCAUUCACUUCAGAGGAUCCAGAGUUGUAGAGAAUUCAUCUUUGUGACAAAAGACAUUGAGACAAAAACAGAAAGAGUAGACAACAACAACAUACCACUUCUGCUUGUCAUCUGUUUAUCCUUUGUGUUCUAUCGCCGAUUCCAACAGCUGGUCACUCCCACUGCUGGCUGUUCCUGUAGAUUCAGGUGCACAUUAGUCAAUGAACUUGCCUGGUAGGAUUAAAUCAUUAGUUCAGCUUCUGGUAGUAAUGGGGGGAGAUCAGUUCAGUACUUUGGCUGUGGCCUUAAGGGGAUGCUUUCACUAAUCUGUCUUCUGCCUCUGAUUUACUUUCUAAACUAUAAGAAAGUCUUCUGGGACCUGAAGUUCAGGAGGAAAUUUAGGUGCACCGACCAGUUACAAGUGAAACGCAGAAAAUCUUAUCUGAACUUGUAUAUCUCAAAUGUGAUUAUAUCAAGAUGACGGACAGUAAUGAAGAUCAGCGAAUAUUAACAAUUCUUUCAUGGAAUGUAAAUGGUUUUAACCGUAAAAGGUCUGAGGUGCUUCAUCAUUUAAGUCUUCUAAAGGCUGAUGUGGUCUUUCUUCAAGAAACUCAUGUUGGUCCAGAUAGAAUCUACUCAACUGGGAGCAUCAAAAUUCAAGAUUUAGAAUGCGAUUACAUGGCGGCAUUCACCGUAUUUAAAGGAAGUUCACGAGGGGUGGCCGUGCUUUUCAAAAAGAACCUCGGAUGUGGUGGUUUCAAUGUCUAUUGCGAUGAAAAGGGAAGAUUCAUAAUCAUUUUGUGUCAAAUUUGGGGGCAUGAUUUCGUAUUUAUCAACAUGUAUAACUCAAAUGAUGAAAAAAUUAAGCUGAAAGAUUUCACACAAAUUUCGACCCACAUCCCACAUUCUGCAUAUCUGGUGGUCGGUGGGGAUUUUAACACCGUCAUGGACGCCGACCUUGACAAAACAUCAAAUUUACGAAACAGAAGUCACACAAAGUCUUUCGAUGCCCUCCGAUGUUUUUUGGAAAACUUCAGCUUGUUGGAUGUCUGGCGGUGUCUUUACCCAGAAGUGAAAAGCUUUACAUAUUUCGAUAGGAAAGGUCAGUCGAGAUUGGACUACUUCUUUUUGCAAAGUCACAAUUUAACAAGUGUAACUGCCUGUAACAUUCACAAGAGACCAAUGUACUCGGAUAAAGAAGAAUAUGUUUCCGAUCAUGCCCCACUGUCAAUUCAGAUUCAGACAAAUGGACCAAAAUGGCAGUUCGAUUCUUGUCUCAUUGAAGAUAAAACGUGUAUGGACCACCUUUCAAGCAUAAUAAAGAAAAUUUCACAAAUAAAUACCCAAAGGAAUGAAUACAUGUGGCCAGGAGUGAAGGUCAGACUUGUUUGUGAGGCAAUGUCUCACACAAAACCAUCAAGAUAUUCAGACACGAUUGAACUUACUCAAGAGAUGGACCAAGGAGGUCAUCCAGAUUCAGAAUCAUCCAUUGAGGUUCUUCAUACGCCAAAUACUUCCAAGAGUCUCCUGAACUUCUUGGAUCAUUUAUACCAAACGGAGAGAUUUGAAGAAGUAAAAUCCACCCUGGUUACUGUUCUAAGUGAACCUGUUUCGAGAAAAGAGAUUCUGGUCGCUAUACUGUCCUUGCCUCAGUCUGAGAGUCUAACAGCAGAUGGACUAACAGUACAUUUCUAUAAGCGUUAUGUUUCUAAAAUUACUGACCUUUUACAAGUGUUUUUCAACCAAAUCUUUGACCUCAAGCCAAUUAAACAAACGGUUUUCAAAUCCCUCAGCCAAGGCGAAAACGAUCAUACCUAUAGCUAUGAUAUUCCAUAUCGCUUCAAUCCGAUUGCAAUAAUGAAUGUGGAUUAUACAAUUCUGGCUUUGAUUCUGGCGGAGAGGUUGAAAAGCGUUAUUGAACAUAUUUUAAAUCCAGGUCAUAGUAAACCACACAGUUCUGUUCUAGACCGCAUCAGUGAUCAAAUCCCAGUUUUGAUGAUUUCACUAAAACUAGAUCCAGGUGAACUAAAAUGGCAAUAUUUGUUUAACAGCUUAAAGUCUGUGAACCUGCCUGACCGGUUUAGAUCCGUGUUGAAGCUGUUUUUGAUGGCAGACCACAGAUCACAAGGUCUGAGGGUGGGAUGUCCACUGACUCCGUUACUAGUAAGCAUCUGCCUUCUUCCUCUGAUCAACUCCAUUAACUGUGAGAACAGGGUUUUGGGGCCUAAAGUUCAAGGAGAAACCUUAAAGUCAAUCAUUGAUGAAGACAAAGCCCUGAUUUUUCUUUCCAAUUCGAAUGAGGCUUUGGAUAGUUUUGAAAAGAUGCUCAGGGAUUUUAUUGAGACAUCAGGCUUCAUCAUUUAUGAACGAUGCUCUGAUGUAUUCAUAGCAGGUUCCUCUGGCUUCAGUUUAGCUAAAGAUAAAUUUAAGCUGUUUAAGAGUACAGGCCAUGGAUUAUGAGGUUGUGUACAUUAAAUUAUUGUUAAACCGUCAGUUUUAUUGUAUUAAACGACAUGAUUUAAUUGGCGGAGGGUGCUGAAUCGAUGUUGUUGAUUCGACGCUGGCAGACACAGACUUCAUUCGCAUUGUUUGCCGUUGUUUCGCGAAGAUGUCACUCAUUUCACUGAAAUCUAGGGUUCUUACAAUGACUAUGGUCGAUUCUAAUUUUUUAAACCCUUUAAAACUGAAGGUUAAAAAGAUUAUAUUAAUACUAAAUAGUUGAACACUAUUAUAAAAUGAAAAAGAUUCACUCGUCGCCACCUACAGGUGUACAGAUGUACAGAAAGAGUCACCGACUGAAACUCUUUGUUGAACUAAAUUAAAUUAUUUGUGUCAAUGAAUGAAAAUCCCUUGUUUUAGAGAAAUUCAUGUUUGAUUAAACAUUUUUUUUAAAGCCUUGAAAUAUUUAUAUAUUAUCAUUUUACUUAAAGGUUUUGUCUUCUGUUUAAAAAUAAAAGUAUCUAUUCUAGUAAUAAAGAUAACUUUUUAACAUGAUUUAC